ACAGACAGGUGGCCCUCAGUCCUCAUAGCAGGCACCUCAACUUCUCAACACAAAGGUCAGAGGGAGAAGAGAACAGAACACAGAAAUGAAAAGGUUGAUCCUACUAGCCAGUUUAGCUAUUCUACUGUUCCAAGAGGUCCAUGGGGCCUCCAAAUACAAGGUCUUAAUGAAUGCCAAAAGAAGGGGCGGCUUCUCUGAAGAGAACACUAAUGAACAAUUGAAUUUGGGCCAAAAGGCUAUUGGACAACCAGAAAAAGACAACAUUCUCUUUGAACCCAUGCCCAAACUGGAGCUUUUCACAGAUCGGGAGAAAAAGCAAGAUCCCUUGAGACAUCUCCGAAAUCCAGUGCAAUUACCUGAGGAAGACAGAGAUUCCUUCUACCACCCAAGUUCCAUAGAGGAUGUCAUUGAAGAACCCAAAAUGCUGAAGACAUUUCAUUAUAAAGUGCUACAGGGUCCAGAAGAGGACAGAGACCAUAUCUACCAUGGUGUAGAUUAACCAAUCUAAUCACAUUAACCAAGAAACCAAAGACUCAAGCAAAAGAGAUACCAUACAUUUUCUCUUCUGUAUUUUUUUUCUUGGCUCUGGCUCCUCUUUCUACCUUAGUGCUAAGAAGGAUCAUGGAACUGUAAUUUUCUCUCUUCCUAAAAUAUCUUUGCUUUAUUUUUUUCUGUCUUCACUGGAUAUCUUGUGAUUAUUAAGGCUAGCUAAAGAAUAGCCAUGACAAUCACAGGAUAAUAUGCUCAUAAUUCCAAGGAAUAUAACAUAUGAAAUUCAUAUUUAUUAGACUUUAGAAUGUAAGAGAGGUAAAUAGACAGAGACAGAGAGUCACAUGGAGUUUGUGAUGUGUCUGUAUUGGGUUAGUCCUCUCUGGGUUUGACUAUCUCCUCCCUCAAAGUCUAAUGCAGAAUAAAGAUCAUAUCUUCGUAGCAUUCCCAGACCCCUCCUAUGAUGCUAUAAAUAUUGAUUUGUAGAAAUAAACAUAUACACAUAAGUCAGAAGUUCAAAUCAGGCUGGAUCUGUUAAAAAGGGGGAAUUGUGAGAAAGUUGUAAUGGAAUCUUGUCUUCUUGUCAUCUUAAAUUAGUUUGGGCAAAUAUAAAUUAAAUUAAAUUAGAUAAGACAUUACAUUUGAAAUCAGAUUCUCUCAGUUG